AUGUAUUUAUCGAAAUUUCUCGCAAUAUUUUUAUGUUGUAUUAAUAUUCUAGUAAAAUGUAAAUCGAUGUCUGGCUAUCACGACCUGGUAGGAAUUCCCAGAGCAAUAUCAUUGAGACUAUCUGAAAGAUUGCGAAUUGUGGGAGGCUCCCAAGUGGCGGCCAUUUCUUCGCUGCCUUAUCAAGCUGGUAUAUUAGCUACACUCACAACAGGACACACAUCAAUAUGCGGAGGAAGUUUGAUUUCUAAUACAAGGGUCCUUACGGCUGCACACUGUUGGUGGGAUGGUCACUUUCAAGCCCAAAAAUUUACCAUUGUUCUGGGGUCCCUUAAAAUUUUCUCUGGAGGGACAAGGUUGGAAACCAAAGACGUAGUGGUACACCCGUCUUGGAAUACGAGGGAUAUACUAAACGAUGUCGCUAUGGUGAAAAUUCCUCGUGUCGUUUUUAACAAAAACAUUCAGUCUAUUUCAUUGCCAACAAAGGAAAUGAACCAAAAUUUUGCUGGUCUUACAGCCACCGCUUCCGGGUACGGAAAAACAAGCGAUACACAAAGCAGUUUUCCAACUACAACUUCCCUGCAUCAAAUUCAACUCACAGUCAUGAACAAUACAGAGUGCCAGAAAAACUUCAAGGUUACAAUACACAAUAGCCAUUUGUGUACGGACGGAAUACGUGGAGUUGGAACUUGUGACGGUGAUUCUGGUGGCCCAUUAAGUCUUGUUUGGAAUCAACGACGCAUUUUGGUUGGAAUCGUCUCUUUUGGCCUAGGAGAUGGUUGCCAAAAAGGACUGCCUUCAGUUUAUACUCGUGUGACAGCUUUUCUUACUUGGAUAAAUGCUAAUUUGUAA